AUGCCUUCUAAUGAUCAGCCCUCGACGUCAGCUGGAAUGCCUUCAACGUCAUUUGAUAAACCUUCCACAUCCAACGUCUCUAAGAAGUCUAGAAAUAAAACCUCCAGGCAAGAUGAUGAUGAUGACGAUGACUGGGAGUGUGGUGUUUGUGGAGAUAAUUAUUCAGAAGAUUAUAGAAGGAAAAAUGGAGCUAAAUGGGUUCAAUGUUCAUAUUGUUUGACACCAUACCAUUUGAAAUGUCAAGCAUCUGACAACGAAGAAGAUGUUUCCAUGUGCGACAAUUGCGUCGGGUGUGCCAGCGAAGAAUCAGAUUGA